AUGGGGCUGCUCUCCAACCCUCUCCGGUCCCGCGAACAGCGGCUGCCGCUCUACGAGAAUCCACAAUCACCGACUAAAGAACGUUACUCGGAUGACGAAUACGACUACUCAGAUGACGAGUCUGACGGGUCAUACCGCUCGGGGUCUUCAUCGCCGUAUAGUUCGAGGAAUGUAUCCGACUCGGCGCCCAGUGGCCUAUUACUACUGCCGAAGCGGAAACUACUACAGCAGCCUCCCAAACAUGGGUUCUCACGACUGUAUCCCUAUCGGCUACCGACAAAAGUGACCCGAUGGGUGCUCAUCGGCGGGAUUGGCACAAUUGUCCUCAUGGUGCUCAGUCUUGUGCGUGCAAGUCAAGUUGAGAAUUGGAAAGUGGCAAAUGGACAAGUCAAGACGACGACACCGCCGCCGCCGUUGUGGGAGAGUUUUCCGUUUUUGGAGAGAUAUUACGGUGGGAUCCGGACGUUGAAGCCGUUUAACGAGAGUGAACCGUCGUAUCCAGUUACGAAAGAGCCCAUGGUCUCGACGACUUUGGGAGACGAAUCUGCUGCUGUCAAGACUGCUCGGGAUGUGAUUAACGAGGAGCUGCCCCCUAGCUUGUCGUGGGAGACGUAUCCUACUGCGAAGAAGGAGUCUGGUAUUCAGGAGUGUUUCAUUGAUGCUGCUGGAAAAGUACGCGUGCCUCCGUUGAGGUACUACAAUGGCAGAACCCACGGCUUUCCCGAGCACGUAUCGGGGUCCUAUGAAGUUCUUAAGCUCCCUGACGACAUUUGCUUUGAGCGGUAUGGCCGGUAUGGACCGUACGGCUUUGGGUAUUCGCAACGAAUGGGCGGUCUGAGUACCGGGGAGCACGGUGAGAGCGAGGGCUUUGAUGCCGUGUGGGAAAAGACGCCACGCGUGGACUACCGAUCUGUGGACUGGGCCGAUGUACAGCGUCGAUGCUACAAUGCCAAUGUUGGACGAUACAAGGCUCUGCCGCCCAUGACGCCUUCUUCUCAUGGGUUCUAUAUCGGUCAGUCCAGCGCCGAGAGCAUCUUGGCUCGUCGGUCCGAGGACAAGGACACCGUCAGAGACUCCAACACUACUCAAGAGGCCGAGCAGCCCACGGCCACCCCUGCCUUUUCCGAGAGCACCAAGGGCAGCGUCAGUACCGGAAGCACUGCCAGAACAGCAAUUGUAGUUCGAUGUUGGGACUCGUAUCUCUUCCGCGAAGACGACGUUGCCAACAUCCGGUCCAUGAUUACCGAGUUAUCCAUGGCGUCUGGCGGCAGAUACGACGUCCAUCUCCUUGUCCAGGUCAAAGAGGACGGCAAACACCCCAUCUGGGCUGACCACGAAGCCUACCAGAAGCGGAUCAACGAGACCAUCCCCAAGGAAUUCCAAGGCCUCGUCACCCUCUGGACGGAAACCCAAAUGCUGGCUCUGUACCAGGGCAUUUACGAUCUGUGGACUCGCGGACCGGAUCUGCCCGUCCACGGCGUCUACAGAGGCCUCUCUAUGGCCAUGCAACACUUUGCCUACUUGCACCCCGAAUACGACUACUUUUGGCAGUGGGAAAUGGAUGUCCGGUAUACGGGCCACUACUACGACUUUGUCACCAAGCUCGAGGAAUGGGCCAAGGCGCAGCCUAGAAAGGGGCUCUGGGAACGCAACUCCCGCUUCUACUUCCCCAGCGUGCACGGCACCUGGGAGGACUUUUCACAAAUGUCCCGCGUGCAGAGCGAAAUGGGCACCGUCGGCGCUGACAAUGUCUGGAAGAAGAUGCCGGGUGAAAAGACGCCCGGCACGACGCCAUCUAUGGGCUCCCGGAUGAUCUGGGGACCCCUUCGACCAGCCGAGGAGCAGGACUGGUUUGAGACGGAAGCCGAUCCCGUUGCACCGACCACGUACGAGGCGGACAAGUACAAAUGGGGCGUCGGCGAAGAAGCAGAUUACAUCUCGUUGAACCCCAUCUUUGAUCCCGAGGGCACGACAUGGGUUCUCAAGGACGACAUCACGGGGUAUAACCGCACACGACUGCUCCCGCCACGCCGCGCCGCCAUGAUCACCACGUCUCGCAUGUCGCGGCGUCUGCUCAUGAAGAUGCACCGCAUGACGGCGUUCAAGAAGCAGUUUGCGUUCCCAGAGAUGUGGCCCGCCACCGUCGCCCUCCAGCACGGCUACAAGGCCGUUUACGCGCCGCACCCCAUGUACGUCGAUCGCAAGUGGCCCGUCGAGUACAUGGCGCAGACGUACAAUGGCGGCCGGGACGGUUCCAGCGGCGGCGCGAGAACCAGCGUCUUUGGCGAGCGCGAGCACAACCUCAAGGGGCUGAGCUGGUUCUACAACUCUGGCUUCGCGCCCAACCUGUACAAGAGAUGGGUUGGCCUCAAGGUGAAUAAUGACGGCGGCGAGGAGUUUGAGAAGAACCAGGACGAGACCAAGGAGGGCUCGGGCGUGGGCAAUAUGCGUGGUGGUGAGGGGAGGAUGUGCGUCCCGGCCAUGUUGCUGCAUCCUGUCAAGGAUGUCGAGCUGCCGGUUGAGGCGCCGCCUGAGGAGGGUGAUGAAGGUGUCGAGUCGGACCCGACGGCAUGA